AUGUCAUACUCAAAUCUAAAAAGCGAACUUAGCUACCGAAGUGGCAGUGUUUAAAAAUCAUAAUCAAGAUUAAGAUCAUAGUCUUCUAACAUAUAAGAAGGUUUAAGUAGUAUAACCCAUGUGAAUGGUACAUCAAACCCCCAAAGAGUCAUAGAGUUAAACGUUAAUCUGAAAGAAAAUCCUGCAAAGUAUAGGAUCAAAUAGGAGUAUAUGGAGAAAUAUAGAAAUAUGCUGGGAUUGUCUACAUUGCAAAUCAAAGAAAAAGAAUCACGAGAUUUAAAAGUAAGAAUACAAGAUGUAGAAAAUAUAAUAGAUUCUACUAAUAAAAUAGAAAAUGCACAUAAAAGGCUAAACUAAAAAGUCGAAGAUAUAAUAUUGGCAAAUUAACCUUUUUGCCCUGCUAAAAUAGAAUUUAUUCAAGAAACUGAUGAAAAAAUAUUUUAUUAAGUCAACCGUUAGCCAAGAGCAAAAGAAAAUAAUGUUAUUAUGAACAAUCCAGUUUUUAAUACGCUGUACGAUGAUGUUAUGUAAAACAAAGCUAUAGCUUAAGAUAUUAUGAGGUCUAUUAAUGAAUCUAAUCCUUAAAAUCCCUUUAGAGAUAAACAUAUAAAUAAUAUUUAAAACUCUACAAAUUGUCCUUAAAAGUAUAAAGAAAAAUUAUUAGAGCCGAUUUAAAGAUAUUUAAAGACGACUUCUUAAUAGCAAAAUGAAAUUCUUAAUGAUUCAUAAGAGCAGUCGUUAGAAAAAUAAAUCAACAAAUUUCAUAAUCCUAUUGUCGAAUUACCUUCUGUAAUCUAUAAAUAUCAUAAUGAAGAAAAUUUCAACAAAAUAAAAAGCAGAAAAUCAUAUUAAAGUGGAAAACCAUUUUAUGGUACAGCAACAGGGAAUAAUGGAUUUUACAAACUAGGAAAUAAAAUAAAUAAAUCUUUAAAUCAAACUUUUGAUGAAUCCUUAACAAGAGUUUAAUCAAGCUACCAAGGAUCCUCCUCUGCAAGUAGUAAACAAGAUUAAUCUAACUCUAAAGAAAGAUAGCUGUUUAAAGUUUAGCAUGUAAAUAAAUUAAAUGCUCAAGUAACAAAGCCGAAUUUUUAUGAUAAAUUAAAUUCUUACUCCAAAAUGCCCUACUAAGAUAGAGAUUUGAAACUAUACUUCUACGAAACAUAUUCCUAAUAAAACAGCCCAUUCAGAAACUCAGAAUUAAAAAAUAACCAAAAUAGAAGCUUUUCUAGAGAUCCUAAAGCUACUGAUGAAUAUAAAAAAUAAGCAAACAUUAAUUAUUAUGAGAAAUAAGCAAACUAAUAUCACACAUAUAAAUAGAGAAUCCCUAAACUUUCAGUUAAUGUUUAUGCAGUUUAAAAUAAAAACCAAAAUCAUGUAUAUCUGCAUCCAAAAGAUGAAGAAAAGCUUCAGUAAAAACAAUAAUUAUGA